CAAUGAGAAAUGUACUCAUCAAUUCGAUGACAGUUUCGUGGUUUUUAGUUUUCAGUUUUUAAAAUAGAUGCUACAUUAAAGUUACUCAUAAUAUAUUUUUUAAACUAUAAAUAUUCAUAUAAAUUAUAACGUAAGUGUGUGUGAUAAGAAUUAUAAAACGAUUUGUUUUAAUUUGUUUCAAAUUAUACAAUGGUCUUACAGUAUACUAGUACAGUAGUUGAUCCACCAGCAAUACUUAUUCGCGGGGCUGAUAGCCAUGAGAAUGAUGAAUUAAUAGAAAAUAUGUUACCUGAGGAUGUAUGGUUCCAUGUUGAAGAUAUGUCAUCUGCUCAUGUUUACUUAAGAUUAAAAGAGAAUCAAACCUUAGAAGAUAUUCCAGAAAAAUUGUUGCAAGAUGCUUGCCAAUUGGUUAAAGCCAAUAGUAUUAAAGGAUGUAAAAUGCAUGAAGUCUCUGUAGUUUAUACAAUGUGGUCAAACCUAAAAAAACUCCCUGGAAUGAAGCCUGGAGAAGUGUCAUUUCAUAACUCAAAUGUUGUAAAAAAAAUGAUUGUUAAAAAGGAUAAAGCUGUAGUUAAUCGAUUGAAUAAAACAGAAAAAAGUGGCGUUCAAAUGGAUUAUGAUGGUGAUAGAUCAGCUAGAGAACGUCGUGAAGCAGAUAGAAAGAAAGCUGAACGAAAAAUCCAAUUAGAAAAUAAACGUGAAGAAGAAAAACGUAAACUAGAAGCAGCUGAACUGAGAUCUUAUACGUCUAUUAUGAAAACUGAAAAUAUGACUGCAAAUACUGAUUAUUCUGGCUAUGAUUCUGAUGAUUUUAUGUAAUUUUAUGAAAAUUUUCAAUUUAAAAUUGUAUAAUAAAAACUUAUUAUGUUUAUUCAUAAAUAGAGUUGUUAAAAUAUAGUA